AUGGCCGUCUAUUCUUCCGUUGUCGCAGCCGCAGCCUUGACAUCGCCGUUGCUCGUGCAGGACAAUACCCAGGCGGUCUUUGUAGAUGACGUCAAAGUCCCUGUCACAUUGGGUGUCAUGUCCCGGUGCCCUGAUGCGAUGCUUUGCGAGUCAGUCUUCAACAAAGUGCUACAGUCAGUUGGCGAUAAAGUCGACAUCUCGUUGACGUUCAUCGGAAAGCUUAACCCUUCGGAACCUGACUACGGUGUGACGUGCAUGCAUGGCCCCGAAGAAUGUGCGGGAAAUGUUCAAGAGCUAUGUGCAGCCAAGUAUCACCCAGCAUCUCAGUGGUGGAACUUUGUCCAGUGCCAAAACUUCCAGGGACGUGACCACAUAGGUCUUCCAGAGACGGCUACACAUUGUGCAACGUCCGUCGGCAUUGACUGGGAGUCUGGUGAUGCUGGUCGUUGCGCGGGGCAAGAUGGUAAGGGCGAAGAGGGUGUGGGGUUGUUGCAGCAGAAUGUACAAGAUACGGCGGAUAUGGGAAUAGAGAAGAGCUGCACUAUCAUGAUCAAUGGCGAGACGGUAUGUAUCCGUGACGGUACUUGGUACAGCUGUGAGGGAGGUCACACACCGACGGACUUCAUUCGCCAAAUCAAUGCAGAAUAUGAGCGAUUGAACAGCCUUUAA